AAUAAAAAAUCAUAUACAAAUUGUCAGAGCCUUGAAAUAAAAUAAUAGAAACAAAAAUAUUACACAGAGGCUUUAAGUUGCAGAACUUCCAUGGUGUUUUCUGUUAUUAUAUUACAAUCUUUCUAAAGAUUCUGAGUAUCAAUAUCAAACUACAACAUCUUUUAGGGAAAAGUGAUAACAGCUGGGUUCUUUUUUUUCUUUUUUUCAUUUUUCUUUUUUUGAUUUGUAUGGUAGUGGUAUUGAGCUUUGAAGUUUCAUACCUUUUUCUUCUUCUAGUGGGGUCCUCUAUGCUCUGUAAAUGACAGCCUAAUCAACAGCCUGGAAAGGGAAGGGGGGGUUUGUAGCCGCACUAAAAAAACCUCACCUUGGCGGGUUUUCAUGGUGGGUUCGGGAAAUCUCAACUGGGUUUUCCUCUUUGCUUCAAACCCAUUCCACUCUUAUUAGCCAGAUUAUGUCCAUUUUUGUUUCUCUCAAGAGGCAUUGUGUUAUAGAUCUGAUAUUGCUGAAUUUCUGGGAUUCUUUGCAUGAGUUAUAGGCGAACUGGGUUGGGAUUGUUUUGUGGAGAAUAUUUGGGAAAUGUAAAUUCGGGUUUGUGAAUCUUUGUAAGCUGAUUGGUUUCUGAUUCUAUAAAUUCUUGUUAUCUUAGGUUUGGAAUCAGGCAUUCUUUUGUUUCGUUAGGCUUUUUAAGGAUCUGGGGUUAAUUAGAUAAUAGUGAAGAUGAAACUAGUGGAGUGGAUAGCUUUGGUUCUGGCUCUUGUUCUAGUUUUUUGUCAUGGAUCAUCUGCCUCUUUCACUCCUGUUGAUAACUACCUAAUUGCUUGUGGUUCUCCACGAAACGUCACCUUUCAAGGUCGAACUUUUGUUCCUGAUUCCGGUCAUUCUUCCCUUUUCGUAAAAAGUGGAAACUCUGUGGUUGCUAGCUCCAAUUCUUCUAGUGUCCCUUCUCCAUUAUAUCAAUCUGCUCGAAUUUUCACGGGCAUUGCUUCCUACAAAUUUGAAAUCAAGCAAGAAGGCAGGCAUUGGGUCCGGCUUUAUUUUUAUCCUCCUUCAAGCUGGAGUCAAAACUUGACCUCUGCCUCAAUAACUGUUGUUACUGAUGAUUUUGUGCUCUUGAACAACUUUACUUUCAAAAACUAUAAUGGUUCUUAUAUGUUCAAAGAGUACGCAAUCAACGUGACAUCGGAUGACUUGACUCUCAGCUUCAUUGUGUCAAACAAUUCAGUUACAUUCAUUAAUGCAAUUGAAGUUGUCUCUAUGCCAGACGGGGUGCUCCCUGACCAGGCGUUGGCUGUAAAUCCAUCUUCCCCUUUCAGUGGCCUUUCUGAACUUGCGUUCGAAACUGUUUACCGGUUGAAUAUGGGGGGUCCUCUGCUAACUGCUCAGAAUGAUACCCUUGGAAGAACUUGGGAGAAUGAUGCGAAAUACCUUCAUGUGAACAGUUCCGCGGUGAAUGUAUCAGUCAGUCCUUCAAGCAUAAAAUAUCCAGCUGCUGUGACUCCGGAAACAGCACCAAACUGGGUUUAUGCCACUGCUGAAACCAUGGGAGAAGCAAAUGUGCCCAGUGAAAACUUCAACAUAACUUGGGUCUUCACCGUCGAUCCAAAUUUCAUGUAUUUUGUUCGGGUGCAUUUCUGUGAUAUUGUAAGCAAGGCUCUGAAUAGUUUAGUUUUCAAUGUUUAUAUAAAUUCUGAUAAUGCACUUGGGAGUCUUGAUCUAUCUUCCAUUACCGGUGGCCUGGCUGUACCUUACUACAAAGAUUUCGUUUCCAACUCUUCAGCAGGUUCAGAUACGUUGACAGUUAGUGUUGGUCCGGAUACAGUGGCAGAUAUCACCGAUGCAAUUUUGAAUGGUUUGGAGGUUAUGAAGAUCAGCAACGAAGUUAAUAGCUUGGAUGGGUUUUCAUCUGUUAAGAAUCUCCAUCCUAGCUCACCUUCAAAGAACAACAAGAUAGUAAUCAUAGUGGGUUGUGUUGUGGGAUCCGUGGUUGCUGUGGCAUUAAUUGGUUUAUUUUAUUGUUGUUUGGCUGCCCGCAAGGCGAAGGAUACUAAUAAUAAUCAAGGUCAUCCAUGGCUUCCUUUGCCCUUAUAUGGUAACUCCCAGACUAUGACAAAAAUGUCCACAACUUCACAAAAGAGUGCAACAGGAAGCUGCAUCUCAUUAGCUUCUUCCAACCUUGGCCGGUUCUUCAUGUUCCAAGAAAUCCUAGAUGCAACCAACAAGUUUGAUGAGAGCCUACUUCUUGGGGUUGGUGGUUUUGGUAGAGUUUAUAAGGGAACACUUGAAGAUGGGACGAAGGUAGCUGUCAAAAGAGGAAACCCGAGAUCAGAGCAGGGUCUUGCUGAAUUUAGAACUGAGAUUGAAAUGCUAUCCAAGCUUCGCCAUCGCCACCUUGUGUCUCUCAUUGGCUAUUGUGAUGAAAGGUCAGAAAUGGUUCUUGUCUAUGAAUACAUGGCUAAUGGACCUCUCAGGAGCCAUUUGUAUGGAACUGAUCUACCGCCCUUAUCAUGGAAACAAAGGCUUGAAAUUUGUAUUGGGGCUGCAAGGGGACUUCAUUAUCUCCACACUGGUGCAGCUCAAAGCAUAAUUCAUCGGGAUGUGAAGACCACAAACAUUCUCUUGGAUGAGAAUUUUGUAGCCAAAGUUGCUGAUUUUGGCCUCUCAAAAACUGGUCCUGCUCUGGAUCAGACUCAUGUGAGUACAGCUGUUAAGGGUAGUUUUGGUUACCUGGAUCCUGAAUACUUUAGGAGGCAACAACUUACCGAGAAAUCGGAUGUGUAUUCCUUUGGAGUGGUUCUAAUGGAAGUUCUCUGCACAAGGCCAGCUUUAAAUCCUGUUCUUCCCCGGGAGCAAGUGAACAUAGCAGAAUGGGCUAUGACUUGGCAAAAGAAGGGCAUGCUAGAUCAAAUCAUGGACCAAAAUCUGGUGGGAAAGGUAAAUCCGGCUUCUCUUAAGAAAUUUGGAGAGACAGCUGAGAAGUGCCUUGCCGAGCAUGGUGUUGACCGGCCAUCAAUGGGGGAUGUCUUAUGGAAUCUAGAAUAUGCUCUUCAGCUAGAGGAGACCUCGUCUGCACUCAUGGAGCCCGAAGAUAACAGCACAAACCAUAUUCCAGGUAUCCAGUUGGCCACGAUCGAGCCAUUCGAUAACAGUGUGAGCAUGAUUGAUGCGGGGAACUCAUGCACAGAUGAUGAUGCUGAAGAUGCUGCAACAAGUGCUGUAUUCUCUCAGCUUGUAAAUCCUCGUGGAAGAUGAGAACUGAUGACUUUUUCUUAUCAAUGUUCUUUGGCCACUGGAUGCCCAUUAAAGAUGUUGGUGAUCCUGGCCUUGAGAGCGGUUGGAAAUAUUCCAAGGAAUGAAGGUGAUUUCUUUAAUCAUUAUUUUCUGCUCUUUUUUUUUUUUUAUAUCUUUUUUUUCAUUUACAUCAAUUUUCCGUCCAUAAAUUAUUUUGUAAUAUAGUUGUGAUGGGUGCCAAUUGUGAUCCAUCAGAAAGUGAAUGUGAGCUAUCAUAAAAGGAUUCUAUUGUUGUGUUGAUACAAGCCCGUUUGGGUUUCAACUUCCCAUGUGUUUUUACACGAUUAUGAAACACAGAUUUGUAUUGGCAUUAUAAUUUCUUUGAAAAUAAGUAUAGAAAAUAAAGCAGAGCUUGUCAUCUCUGAAGCCUAAUUAAUUUGCUCA